AUGGCUCACGACAAUGGCGGCAGUCUGCUCCGCCUCGUAUCCCCAACUGGCAUCUUAUCGUUUGACUUGAUUAUUGUCCUGCUGGGUCUUUCAUGUCUGUACAUUGUUGGAACUGCCAUCUUUUUCCUCACAUUUCAUCCCUUGGCCAAGGUGCCUGGUCCUAAGCUAUGCGCGGUGACACGCAUGCCGUUCUGGAUUAAUUAUGUGAAAGGAAACGACGUCAAAUGGAUGUUUGGACUUCACGAGAAAUACGGCCCAGUCGUACGAUUUGGGCCCACCGACAUCAGCUGUUCCUCUGCGCAAGGCUGGAAAGACGUCCAUGGUCACGUUAGAGGUCAAAGAGACAUGGAAAAGGCACAGGAAGCCUUUGUCCAACCGAUCAACGGAGUUCCCAGCAUACUUACCACUGAUUAUGAGAACCAUAACCGAGUGCGCCGUCUGUUUCUGCCCGCAUUCUCGGAGCGAGCUCUGAAGAAGCAGGAACCUCUCUUUCAGAAAUACGUCGAUAUACUGGUGUCAAAAUUGCACGAACUUGGUGAUAAUGGCACCCCAGUGGAAAUGAUGCAGCUUUAUAACUUUGCAACCUUUGACACCAUGGCAGAGUUGUGUUUUGGACACCCCUUGGGCCUGCUCGAGAAGAACGAGUUCAGCCCGUGGGUCGCCUCCAUAUUCGGCUCAAUCAAGAUGAUGCCAUACUCGACCAUGAUUGGAUACUAUACGAUCCUGAGGGAGUUUUUCGCUCGUUUUGAGCCAAAGGCGAUCCGAAAACAAAGAGUUGAGCAUUGCAAGCAUGCAGAGGACCGUGUCAACCAGCGUCUCCACGAGGGCUCCGACCAGCCAGACAUAUGGAACCUGGUCAUGGUCGCCGACGGUUCCGAAAAAGGUUUGACGCUCAAAGAGAUGCACUCGAAUGCAGAGCUCUUCAUGAUUGCCGGUUCUGAAACAACUGCAACACUCCUCUCGGGAUUGACGUUCCUCCUACUCACCAAUCCUGAAAAGAUGCAGCGACUCGCCAAGGAGAUUCGAGACUCGGCAAAGGCCAUCAAGGACAUCCACUUUGACACCAUUGCCAACUUGAAGUACAUGAACGCCUGCAUCAAGGAAGGUCUUCGCUUGUACCCUCCAGUGCCAUUUGGCGCCCCGCGCGUCGUCCCCGCUGGCGGCCACACCGUCAUGGGCUUUUGGCUGCCAGAGGAGACGCGCGUGUCGUGCCAUCACUACUCGGCCUACUACUCCGAGGCCAACUUUAAGAAUGCCACCUCGUUUGUGCCGGAGCGCUGGCUCGGCGACCCCGCGUACGUUGAUGACUCGAGGGAUGCCUGGCAGCCCUUUGGCUACGGCGCUCGUGAUUGUGUCGGCCAGAACAUGGCCAUGCACGAGAUGAGACUUUUGCUGGCCCACGUCUUGUUCAGCUUCGACUUUGAAAUCUGCGACGAGAGCCGCGAUUGGAUCGACCAGGAGACUUACGCGUUAUGGAUCAAGAAGCCCUUGCUGUGUCGGCUCAAGCCCGUGAAGAAUUAA